AUGCACGAUGAUGACGACGAUGAGAUCUCCGGGCCUAUUCGUUCCAAGAAUGAAAUGGAUGAGAAGGCUCCUUCUAUUCCUGAGGACUAUGCCAUUGACCCAAAUACCCCGCUUGAGCUAGUUGGGGAGAUCACCGCGCUUGUGGAGUCCAGUGUAAUCAUCAAGGCCAACGUUUCGGGUGAAUUCAGAAUUUUGAAGGAUAACUCCAUGCUCUGUUUCGAGGAUAGGACCGUUUUAGGGCCAUUAUUCGAGACUUUCGGACGUUUACAAGCCCCUGUGUACAGAGUCAAGAUCUCCGAGGAGAAAUUCGAGCAGCUCAAGGACAGAAAGGGACAGAGGGUAUACUACGUGGUGCCAGACUCCCAGUUUGUGUACACCGACGGUAUCAAG